CAAGAACACAACGUACUUAUAACUCAUAUUAAAUGUGAUAUUCGCGAAAUACCUCAUCAACGAUGCAUCAAUACAUUAUACUGUAUAUUGUAAUUCUUCAUUUCGAAAGUUCCGUGCAGUAUUGUUCCCAUGCGAGGGUUUGUGUCCGAAAGUGUAAAAAAAACUGAUCGUAUCGAUGAAACAAAUUUGACUUUCUAUAGUGGAAAUGUUCGAUUCAAUAUCAGCUAUGAUUACAUAAAUUUUACCUACGGUUCCGAUUGUGUAGAAGAUUCAUUUCUGUUUCGUCCCGAUCCCGAAGAAAAGGUUUAUCUACAGACUACCGGUGAAUUGUACGUGGAAGGUUUGGGUACUUUCAAUAUCUCUCAAUAUUGCAUUGAUGAGGUGGACGGAGAAAUAUCGGCUUUAGUGUGCGGGUCUGUUGAGGUCUCUGAAGAGGUGGUGAACUUUGUAGAAGGUUAUUGGUUAGAAAAUGGAGCUUUGUGUGUAAAGAGAGAGAACGCAAACUCAACUCCUCUCAAACUUAGCGAAGAGUAUGAAAACUCCAAAGCCAUACGAUGGUGUGAAAACCCCACCGAACUUACCGAUGAAGAUCUACACAGCUCUGAAGGUUUUUGUAUCGAAGAAAACUAUGAACCAUUCACUGGGUCACUUAGAAUGGUCAAAUGUGCAAUCACCUCCAAGAUUAUCCAUUCUGUAAAAGUCCCGGUUAGGAAAUGCUGCGAAAAAUCUGAGAUCAUGUUGAAUAGCUCCUGCAAAUACCGGGAUAGCGUAGAUCUGGAUCCUCUUGUCAAAAGCAUCAGCCUGAGAAGCAGUCAACGCUUGGUGACGUCCAUGCUAAAAUGUAGAAAAGAUAGGCAUAGAAUCAGAGUGGAUAACUUCAAAUUGGAAGAGGACGGUAGAUCCCGACAAUCUGGCCAACUCAAAAUACAAACUCUCACGCUACUAGAACAUGACGAACUUCUGAGACCAGACUUCCUGAUACCCAGGCAGAUUAAGAUGAAACUCACUGGCGACACGCAACCCUUAGGUUUAAUAGUGAGGAAUUUCAUCAGAAACUCUAUUGCCGGUGAAUAG